AUGUGCUCGUGCUUCCUCUUCUUCCGCCCCACAGUGGGAGCCAAGGCGCUUGCUUCCCUGUGGGCAUACCACAUGGUGGCGAAGGGGAAUGCGAUUGGCAACGACCAGCACCAUCUGCUCCAUGUCAUCAAGAUCAUGCAAGAUGGGGGGAUUGACGAAAACAUCGGCGUGCUGCCCGGGAAAAGGUUUCCGUCGGGCGAGCUGAUGCAAAGAGAUUUGAAGGGAUUCAUGGGGAUGAAGGCGGGGGUGGUGAUGGUGCAUGCGAAUUAUUUGAUGGGGAAGCAGAAGAAGGUCAAGAGGUUGAUUGAUGCAGGGGUGUGGCUGGAAACGCCGCCGGCACCAGAUGGAGGGAAGGAAGGCAAGGGAGGGGGGGGGAGUGUUGGGAGCGCCGACGGUGGAGGUACUGCUGGUGCUGGUGCUGGUGCUGGUGCUGAUGGUGGGAAUGGUAAUGCUGGUGCUGGUGCUGUUGCUGAUGCUGGUGCUCCUGCUGCUGCUCCUGCUGCUCCUGCUGCUGCUGCUGCUUCUGCUGCUGCUGGGGAAGGCAAGGAGGAGGGGCAGGGAGGCGAGGAGAGGGAGGAGGAGAUGGAGAGGCGGUUGAUGGGAGUGGCAGUGUGGGUGCCGUCACAUGUGGAUGCGGUGAUAAGGCUGGCACCUGGAGUGGCCAGGGAUGGACCGCUCCUUCUCACCGUGCUCUGCCAUGCAAGCGAUUCGGACCUGUUCAGGAGUUGGCUGGGCUCCAUUUCAAAACUCGGCCUCUCAACCAACUUCCUUGCCUCUCUUUCCAGCCAGGUCCCUCUACCUGCCAACGCUCCUGCCAGCCAUAUUAUUCGCCAACCUACCUCUGCUGCAUCUACUGGCGGCAGUGGGAGUGAAGAAGAAGCUGGAGAGAAGGCAGAGGAGAAGGCAGAGGAGAGGGACAGGCUAGCGUGUCUGUUGAUGCCGGCGCUGCUGGCCUCGCGCCUCCUUGCUGCCAACAUCACGGUGCUGUUCAGUGUCUUGACCAUUGCUCUUCUAUUAACUAACCAAUCUCUCCCCCUUCCCACCACCACCCACAUCAGUGACCCGUGUACUGCAUGGCUUCGCAAUCCCCUGCCUUACCUCCCUGCCAACUUCUCCGUCCUCCUCCCCUCCACCUCCCACUCCCCCACCCUUCCUACUCUCAACAUCACCACUCCCACCCCUCUCGACCGAUCCCACCUCGGUUCUCUCUCCCCCUGGCUGUUUCUGCUGCGCCCCUCCUCUCGUUCCUCCUCCUCCCCUCAACCCCCUUCAUCGCACUCCCUCGCCCUCUCCUGGGGGUUACAAGUGUUCAAAACCCUGCCCAAAGAACCUUCUCUUUUGGGCAAGGCCGAGGGAGAUGGGGGGAGCACACCCCUUGCCUUGACUGUGGCAGUGCAGAGUGCCUUCAAUCAUGCAAUAGCCCGUGUGCUGGAAGCACAGGGUGGCGGGCCAUGGGCAGGUGAUGGGGCAGGUGAAGGGGCAGAUGAAGGGGCAGAUGAAGGGGCAAGCGAAGGGGAAGCUGGUGAAAAAAUCACGAUCGGGGUUCUGCCUGGCGGGUUGUUCCUGCCAAGUUCGGUGGUGUGUGAGGAGAAGCAGUGGGUGCAGCAGCAUAGGGAGGAGGUGGUUGCGUUUCACAACAACUGUGGGGUUAGCAAGGAGAACAAAGUGUCGAUCCUGAAAGAGCUCCAGCUGUGGGUGGAUGGGUGA